UGGAAUAUGAUGAAAUUAAGUGAGUAAAAAAUAUAAACAUAAAAUAAAACAAAUUUUUAUAUUUCAAUUCAUAGUAUUUACAGGGAUUUGAAAUACGGCUUUUAUAAAGGUUAUACAAACUACCCCCUUAUCGAUUUGGAAAUGUCGGACCAUUGGCAUAUAAGACAUAUAAAUCUAUCAUCCGAAUUGUUUAAGAUGAAAUUAAUUGAUGAGGAUGAGGAUGACAUGUUUGAGGCUAUUCACAAUAACGUUGACAAAAUGGUUAAAUUUCCUUUUCAUAGUGUUCCUGAUGUCAAUUUGAAUGAUGAAACAGGAAAUCAAAUGUUAAAUGAAGUUAUAAAACAAUAUCUCAUAGUGUGCAAAUUAAAAUUAUUAUUCACAUUUAAUGAAAGGUUCAAUUAUAAUUUAAAAAACGCAUUCACCGAAAAUGGUGAGUAUGUUUUCGAAAAUAUAAGAUAUGAGUUUCAGAAGUUUCUAAAUAAAAUAGACCAAAAAUCGUAUAGUUUUAUACACAAUGAACUGCGGUGAGUGUUAAUAUUAUAACAUGUUUAAAUAAAAUUAAAUAACCUGUAAUAAACUGUUUUUUGUUAAUCAGAGAUGAGUCCCAACAUGUUAUGAUUGUUGUCUGUUGAUGCUGGUAAUCAUUUUCUUAAAUUUUACAUGGAUCCUAUUAUAAUCUGUCAUAAAGAUCCCUAUAAAUAUUCAUUUUUGGAGACCAUAGUUAUUGGCUUGAUACUUAGAGAUCAA